ACCUCUGAACUUCUUCGGUGGAUUUGACGUCCAAGACGUAUCGCCUGAAUGCGACGAUAUGAGAGCUAACUUUGUCUAUCUAUCAAAAACUCCAAUUGUCGCCACUUCUCCGCUGACUUAGUCAUCUUCAGAGCUGUAUCCAGUUCGUGAAUUCUCACGUUCACCUUCCGGUGCGACCCCCAACUGCCGUGAAAACGGAAUGAGCCAUGUCGCCGAACAGCCAGGAAUGGAUUGAGGUGCGGAAGCUAGCGUUAGCCGGCUAGCCAUGGAGGGAGACAGAGCAGCUCUUCGUAUUGUUAGCUUCUUUCCCAUGAAAUGAGUUAAUACUACCUACUAAUAAACGCAUUCGGCCCGACGUUCGCAGUUCGUGUUCAACGCUGAGAGCACCGCUGCUAUGCUGCGCACUCGCCCUGAAUGUGUCAGCUGCCCUGCGCAUACCGGUACAGGUUUCACACUGGGCCUUAAUGUGCGCGACUAAAAUGUUCAUGGUUUUUAACAGCUGAAACCACAGACAUCCGGAUUUUGCUUUGGCGCGAAUACGUUGCAAGACGCCCACUGUUGUCAGUCGGACUGGUCAGUGAUUCCCCCCCCAAGCACGAGUUUUAUGGCUUCAGCCGGACUGUUGUAGGUCGACGAUGGGAGGUUCGGUGUCUUGCUGCAUCUCUCCCGGCGAGAGUCCCAAGAUCCGCCGGAGACAGGCGGAGUUGGAGGAGUGUCCCAUCACCACCGCCGAGGACGUGAGCGAGGACACCGGGACCUACCUGCAGCACAUCAGCGACAGGGAGCUCCCCGACGAACUGGCCCAAGAGUCCAACCCAUCCGACCACCCCAGAGCCAGCACCCUCUUCCUCAACAAGUCGCAGACAGACGUUUCAGUGCGCGAGAAAAGGAAAAGUAACUACUUAAAUCACCAGAUGUCCCCUGGGCUCCUGACAAAAAAGUUUAGUUCCUGCUCCACAAUAUUCCUGGACGACAGCACGGUCAGCCAGCCCAACCUCAAGAGCACGAUCAAAUGCGCUCCUGCCCAACGGAAGAGAUCGACGUGUCAGGAUGAGGAAAUGAGAGCGAGAGAGGAAGACGUGACGUGUGAAAUGCUAAUGCUACGUAGGAGCUCCUGUUUGGUGAAGAUUAAAACCACAGCACCGUUUGUGUGUGUGUCGUCUUCUCUUUGUUUCAGCGUCACGUUGGCCAUAUACUAUCACAUCAAGAACAGGGAUUCAAACCGCUCAGUGGACAUCUUCGAUGAGAAGAAGCACCCUCUGUCGAGAGAGAAAGUCCCGGACAACUACUCCGUGGUCGACCCGGAGCACAAACUGAUCUACCGCUUCAUCCGGACGCUCUUCAGCUCCGCUCAGCUGACGGCCGAGUGUGCCAUCGUCACCCUGGUGUACCUGGAAAGGCUGCUGACGUAUGCCGAGAUGGACAUCUGUCCGUGUAACUGGAAGCGCAUCGUUCUCGGAGCCAUUCUGCUGGCGUCCAAGGUGUGGGACGACCAGGCCGUGUGGAACGUGGACUACUGCCAGAUCCUCAAAGAGAUGACCGUGGAGGACAUGAAUGAGAUGGAGCGCCACUUCUUGGAGCUGCUCCAGUUCAACAUCAACGUCCCGGGAAGCGUCUACGCCAAGUAUUACUUUGACCUGCGCUCUCUGGCCGACGACAACAACCUCAGUUUCCCUCUGGAGCCGCUGAGCAACAAGCGCGCCCAAAAGCUGGAGGCCAUCUCCAGGCUGUGCGAGGACAAGUACAAGGACCUGUGUAAGUCGACCAUGAGGAGGUCCGUGAGUGUGGACAACAUGGCCGGCAUCAAGAACUCCCAGGCCGUGCUGUCUUAAGUCGGAAAGCGGCGCCACCGGACGGGACGCCACGUGACGGAAAUCGCAGAGCAUUCGACAUGAGACAUUUCCAAAGUAGAUUACCGUAAUAUCAGUAACGCAAACGUUUACCGUGUAACAUCUUUAAAGUGCAAUGAAUCCAGUCUCUAUGUGUUUGUUACAAAGAACUUUAGCUCUCGGCCUUUUAACGCAUGAUCAUUCGAGGAAAUAUUUUGCAGACUGUAACGUGUUCUCUCUAAGUGGAUGUGAAAGGAAUCCGCAUGAAAAUGCUUCCUAAAGUCACUCAAUCAAAGGACUUUCCCCCCCCAUUUAUUUUCUCAUCAGCCGAUCUCUUGAGGAGUGGCGUUCGUCUCUCCGCUGUCCUCUCACCUUUUAUUCACACAACGACAGAGCGUCUUGAACUACCCUGUGGUGUAGUUCUGCACAUGGACAAAGAGUAGACUUUGUUUUGCUUACUAUGUAGGCCCCUAUAGCUGUGAAAUGAAGACUUUAUUUAGUUCAAAUAAAUUUCAGUCGCUGUUCAAAGUUGA